GAGUUCUGUGAGCAAACUCAUCAAUCAAAGGAUCAGGAACUUGGUUUUUUGGUCAGAUUGAGAGAUAUGAAAGGCUUUGUGAUCUUCAUCACUUUUUUCUCACUUCUGUUGUUUGCAAGUAGAAUAGAAUCAAGACCCGAGCCAGGAGAUCAGCAAGGGAGAAAUCUGAUCAAAGACGAGGCAUUGCUCGAAGCAAUUAAAGGUCUUCUUAGUCAUUCUGAGAAGAACAUGGAUUGUAAUGAAACUUUGAAGCCUGAAGAUGAAAAGCUUUUCGUUAAGGAUAUCGAGCCUCGACCGCAAGCCACGUUUUAUCCAAACGACAUCAAAACAAAAGAGUCUGGCAGAAAUGAGAAGCCAUUUGCUGAAGAUUUUGAGCCAAGAUCUAAUCUGUCUAUCUACAACAACUAAUUAUAAUGGAAGCCAAAAUAAGAUAAUUAAUUUAUAGCCUGUGUUGCUUGGAGAGUUCUUGCUUUGUAAUGUUUAUCUUUCUCUUGUGUGUGAGAUGUAAUAUCUGUUUCUGGAUUGCUAUGGAUAAUAAGUUGUGUGUAUAGUGAGUUUGGUCAAGGGAGAUGGGAAAUCUAUCUCUUAUUUAGUGCAGCUUUUGAGAUGUUUGUAUGAUUGUCUUCCAAGUUCAUGCAGAAUAAAGGGAACUCUCUGUGAAUUUCAUUCCUCCA